AUGUAUAGUAAUUUAAAUAUUAUUUCUUUAUUAUCACUUGUGAUGGACCUAACAGUUAGAAUUAAAUGUAAAAUAUGUGGGUCAGAGGAAUCAACAUCGAUCGAAGAGUUUAGAUUACAUGGUAUCAAUCAUUGUAUACCGUCGGUUGCUAGGUACUUUGGUCUUACUCGAUUAGAUAAUCUAUCAAAACUACUACUGUUAGAUCAACAACUACAACAACAACAACAGCAACAACAACAACAACAUCAUGAUGAAAUAACAAGUAUGGUUGAAGAAGAAGAAGAUAAUCAACAUGAUAUUGUAAAAAAGAGAAAGAGAGAUCAUCAACAUAAUAAUUAA